AACGUUUUUAUGAAUUCUUACAGACGUCCUCAUAAAAUGUAAAUAGUCAUUUUCGUUUGUUCAGUUCGCAUAAUUUAUUUUAAUUUUAAUUAUAAUAUCAAGACAACAGUUUGAGAAUUUGUGAAAAUCGAUGUCCUGUUUUCAGACCUUGAAAUUCCGUAAAAACCGUGUCCUUCGAUCGUAAUAUAUGUUAACGUUAUAAAAGGCGAAACAGAAAUCUAUUAUUGUUACUUUAGGUUCGCACGGAUUAGAGCAACUUAUCGCCAUGAAAGCGUUUCUGUGUCUUGCCCUUUUGGCAAGUGUUGCCCUAAGUUCGGCGGAAAAGAAGGCUGAAACCAAAGCCAAAAGAAGCUACGAACACGGUUCCGGCUACGACAGUUAUGGAACACCACUCGGUUCCGGUUUCGGCUCAUUCGGAUCUGGCUACAGUUCCUUAGGUUCCGGCUACAGUUCCUUGGGAUCCGGAUACUCCGGCGGUGGAUACAGCUCAGGCGGUUACGGUUCCGGCGGAUACAUCUCCGGUGGAUACAGUUCUGGUGGAUACGGUUCUGGUGGAUACGGUUCCGGCGGUUACAGUUCUGGUGGUUUCGGCGGAUACGGCUCCGGUGGUUACAGUUCCGAAGUUCGCACCAUCACCAAGGAAGUGGCCGUGCCAGUGCCACAACCCUACCCCGUCACAGUCACCAAAACCGUCACUGUUCCACAACCCGUGACUGUCGAAAAGCAAGUCCCGGUCCCAGUUCAUGUCAAAGUACCUGUCGAAGUACCAAAACCAUACCCAGUUCAAGUACCUGUUCCAGUCAAAGUACAAGUACCCGUAGAAGUACCCAGACCAUAUCCAGUUGAGAAGAAGGUUGUUGUUAAGGUACCACAACCCGUCGAAGUUCCAGUACCUGUGCCAGUAAGCAGCGGACACUCCAGCGGUGGAUACAGUUCUGGUGGAUUCGGAUCUGGUGGAUACGAUAGCGGAUUCUCUGGCGGAUACUCCGGUGGAUUAUCCGGCGGAUAUUCUGGUGGAUUAUCCGGUGGAUAUUCCGAAUUAUCCGGUGGAUAUUCUGGUGGAUUAUCCGGCGGAUACUCUGGUGGACUAUCUGGUGGAUACUCUGGUGGAUCCGGAUACAGCAGUUACUCUGCACCAGUUUCCUACAGUUCGUACACUUCUUACAGCACUGGUGGUGGAUCCGGAUCUUUGUUGGAUUCGUAUGUGCCAAGCAAAGUUGGAGGUAUUUCCGGAUACGGAAAUGGUUACAACACUUACAGUCAAGGGUGGAACAAAUGGUAGACUGUUGUAGACUAAUU